AUGGCGAACCCCCUCGCCCACAUCGACAUCCGCACGUACGCCAACACCUGUCCGAGGGCGGAUGCCCUCCCCGCCAUCCAAGAGGGCGCUCUGACUGUCCGCCCGGUCUUUCAGUCCGCGGACUCGUCCUUUGGGGCAGAGGUGUCGGGUAUAGACUGGAGUAAUCCGAUCCCAGCGGAUGUAGUGGCACAGUUGGUGGCCCUGCAAGACCGAUACGCGGUGCUCAUAUUCCGGCAAACGGGCCUGGACAAUGCCCGCCACAUCGCGUUUUCGCAGCAGCUGGGCGAGAAGCUCGAGAUCAACCCGUUUUUCUACGGUCGGGAGAAUGACCGUCUCGGCGAGCCGUUGCUGUUUGAUGUGGCGAAUAUCGAGCUGGACGGAUCUCUAGUAAAGCUGGAUAGUCGACGAUGGCAUCACAGUCUGGGGAAUGCGCUGUGGCACACGGACUCAACCUACCACCAACAACGCUCCAAAUACUCCAUCCUGCUAUCCCACGGCAACCCCGUGCACGGGGGGUCGUGGACCCAUUUCGCGGACACACGACGCGCGUACGCAGACCUACCAGAGGAGAAGAAAGCCCAGCUGGAAGAUCUCAUCGUGGAACACGACCUCUGGCACUCCCGCAAACUGGCCUCCCCAAUCGUCUACGGCAACCCCCUCCCGCACGAACUGGCCGCAAAGCCCCCGGCCUUCCACCGACUGGUGCAGCCCGCUCCGGACGGACGCAAGACGCUGUAUCUGGCGGCCCACGCGAAGCAGAUAGUGGGGUGGUCGUUCGAGGACAGCCAGAAGCUGAUCUGGGAGCUUAUCGACCACUGCACGCAGCCGCAGUAUGUGUUUAGUAUGGAGUGGUUGCAGGGGGGGGAUAUGGUUUGGUGGGAUAAUCGGCAAUCCAUGCAUCGGGCGAAUCCGUAUACGGAGACGAUGACGGCGCGGGAUGUGCGGCGGUCGACGAUCAUUGAUGAUGGGCCGUGGGCGCAUGGGGUGAGGGUUUAG